AUGCCGGCCGCGCCCGCCGAGCCGGAGCAGGAGAAGCCUCUGGCGCGGGUGGUGCGCCUGUGGACCGCCCACGCCGCUGCCAUCGAGGAGCUGAAGGCGGCGGACAGGCUCACCGUCGCCUCCGCCUACCGCUCCUGGGCAAAGACGGCCGAGCUGGGCCUGAAGGAGGGCGAGGCGGUGCCGUCUUUCACGGAGGUCUGGAUCGAGCUGACCAACAGGAAGCGCAAGGCGGCGCCGGCGGAGGGACCCAAGGAGGCGGACCCCGAGGCCAAGCGCGAGUCGAAGGUGGCCCGCAAGGACAAGGAGGGCGGUCCGGCGUACAGCGAGAAGGAGGCACUGAACGUUCUCUGCACAGCCCUGCACUCCAUCAAGAAGGAGCGCGGGACUCGGGACCCCGUGCAGGCGUCUUUCGUCAACAGCGCCAUCAGGCGUGUGCGGUCCGAUUUCCACAUCUCCAGAACGCCCUUCGAGCGCCUGCUGAACAUGCUGAAGCACGCCGAGCAGGAGGGCUGGCUGUACAUCGACAAGCGCAGGGACGACGUGCGGGUCACGAUCAGAAGCCUCCCCGCGCUCCCGGAGGGCGAGGCGGUGAGGUCGGUCACGAUGAGGGACACCCCGGUGACGGUCGGGGCGGAUGCUGCCCGGAAGCACCUGGGGGCGGGCAAGGAGGCCGCGAAGGCGGGCGAGAAGGCAGAGGCCGCCGAGCCGCCGCCGUACGUCGUGCUCCUGCAGGAGUGGCAGGGCCGCCACACGGGCGAGGAGCCCCCGUGCUACGCGCUGCUGCUGACGGACUGGUCGCGGCUGCGGCAGGAGGGCCAGAUCGAGAAGGUGGCGAAUCCCAUGGACGAGUUCUACGGCUCCUCGAGCUACGUCAACACCAAGGGGGGCGAGGCCGCGAAGAAGGCCGACGACGACAAGGCCCGCGAGGAGCCCGAGCGCCGUGCGCGGAGCCGGAGCGCGCCCCGCAGGGGUGCGGGCCGAGGAGAUCCAGCCAUCGACAAGCGGGAGUGCCUGAGGAUGUUCGACGUCGCGCUCAAAGAAGUGUGCGACGAGGGCUUCUACGGUGGGCUUCCUGUGAACUCGUCGGAGUUCGACCAGCGGAACACGCCCUUCGAGCGCUUCACCGACCUGCUGGAGGAAGCGGCGCGGGACGGGCUGGUCAAGUUCACCCGCCGCAGGUCGGGCCUGCCACACAACCACACCGACAAGUGGGGGUUCGUCCCCUUCCCCUUCGUUCCCUCCCUCUUUCAUCAAGCAGGUCUGACGUGA